GGUGCCGUUUCGGCUCGGACGCAACGCUAAUAACGACGAGCAGCAGCAGCAGCCUUUGCUGUCGUGUGUGCGAGUGCUUUCGACGAGGCACAGGCAGAGUGGACACGGGAAGUAGUACAUACAUCUCGAGGUCUCUUUUCACCGCGAGUACACGAGUGUCGAAAAGUCGUAAUCGAAGGUCGGAGUUUCGACGGCUUUCUCUCCGCGCGCGUGCCACGCAGCGGGGCCUGCGCCAGCGGAAUCUCGGACAACGAGUAAGGGUCGCUCGUGAGCAGCACCCUUUGCGGAGUUGGCAACCACCACCAUGGUGGCCGGCAUCAUCGAGGAUGGCCCGCUCAUUCAACCGGUCGAAGCAGUAUCGCCAACGACUCUGGUGGCCGUCUGUCUGAGCGCGGCCUUCCUCGCCUGCGCCGCCGCGAUGACCUGGUGGCUGUGCCGCAGGCGGCGCGCCGAGCACGUCAAGCUCGCCGGCGACAAGAGUCUGCCACCGUUCCGGCCGCCCCAUCGCAAGCCCACCGCCGUCAAGAGCCCGGGCAGCCAGGGCCACUAUCUCAAGAAAAGCCCGAGUCCCACGGGGCCGGCCAAGAGUCCGCCGGGAAGCGCCCAGACGCCCAGUCCCACGGGAGCGGGUCCGUUGAACGGCAUUCUCGGCCAGCAUCAUCAUCAUCAGCAUCAUCAUCAUCAUCACGCGAGAUCCUCGCAGGGAGCCAUAUCGCCGCUGCAGACACCGACCGGCGAGCUGGCCGGGGCUGCGGCGACGAUGACGAGCCUCGUGAUCGAGAACGAGCGCGACAAGGCCGAGCUCGAGAACAGCGAGAAGGCCGAGCGAUCGAUGGAUCAGGUCGACGGCUGUAAUCUGAGCUACGCGAUCAGCGCCAACGGCAACAACGGCAACGGCUUCGGUUCGCGCCUCGGACAGCUCGUGUUCAAGCUGCGCUACCUCGUCGAGCAGAACGCCCUGGUGGUGACCGUGGUGGCCUGCAAGGAUCUGCCGGCUCGUGGUGGCGGCAGCGGAGGUGGUGGCAAUCACAGCGGCGGGGCCAGCAGCGAUCCCUACGUGAAGCUGCAGCUGCUGCCCGACAAGCAGCACCGCACCAAGACCCGCGUGCUGCGCAACACUCGCGAUCCCGUCUACGACGAGGACUUCACCUUCUUCGGCAUAUCCUUGGCCCAGUUGCAGAAAAUCAGUCUGCACUUUGUCGUGAUGAGCUUCGAUCGGUACUCGCGCGACGACGUGAUCGGCGAGGUGGUCUGCGCCCUGUCGCAGGUGCCCGACUUGGAGAUCGCCCAGAAUCAGCAACUCACCCUCUGUCGAGAAAUCUGCCCGCGAAGCCUCAAGAUACAAUCGCAAGGCCGCGGCGAGCUGCUCGUGUCGCUGUGCUGGCAGCCGGCCGCCAGCAAGCUCACCGUGGUCGUGCUGAAGGCGCGCAAUCUGCCCAAGAUGGACGUGACGGGCCUCGCGGAUCCCUACGUCAAGAUCUACCUGCUCUACAACAAUCAGCGCAUCGCCAAGCGCAAGACCCACGUGAAGAAGCGCACCCUCAAUCCCAUAUUCAACGAGUCGAUCGUUUUCGAGAUACCCAAUGGCGCCGAGGGUCUGGGCAAGAUCAGCUUAGAGUUUGCCCUUCUUGAUUGGGACAGGGUCACCAAGAACGAGGUCAUCGGACGGCUGGAAAUCGGCGGCCCCAAGUGCCAAGGCUCGGCGCUGAACCACUGGAACGAGGUCUGCAACUCGCCCAAGCGCCAGAUAGCCGAUUGGCACAAGCUGAGAGAGUAGACGCGAGUAGAGGAGGGCUGGUGCUAAUGUACGAAAUUUUGAUUCCCGCGCUGCAUCGCCGACAAUAGCAGAAACAACAAAAACAUUUACAAUACUGAUUAAAUAAUACAAUUCUCCAUUAUGCAAACAAGAUUCGCGAGAUUAUCUUAUUCAGGCAAUUCUUUGGUUUAUUUAUUUCGUCGAAAUUAUAAAGCUCGUUUUACAGCAACGUCAUCGAUACAAAUAUAUAUAUGGGCUAUCUCUGGACAAUAUAUAUUUGUAUUCAGCACAACUUCAAAUGAUUGAAAAAUCGCGCCACCAUCGAUUCUUAUAUCGGAGUAAUUUUAGUUUUGCGCACUUCAAAAAUUGAUUUAUAAAAGUACCUUUGAACGAUAGUAUAUAAGAAAUCAAAAAAAAACAACUUGAAAUUUGUCUUUAUUGGUUUAUGCAUACUUUCAACUAAACGUGUAUAAUGUUGUGUGUAUAAGCGACGCGAUUGAUAAAUGCUUUAAUCGCGAUUUGAACUUCAUUAUUAAAUAUCUAUUGUACGGUAAAUUUUAACUGAAGCCGCAGAAAGUGAAUGUUAUCGAUAAUCCCUUGAAUUUUUUGAUCCCCGCCUCGUCGACUCUCGUCAUUAAUACAAUGAAACUGUUUAAAUGUUGACAUUGCACUUACGCAUAAUAUAUUUCUAUAACGAUAAAACUUAUUUUAAUGCUGAACAAAAUAAUAUAGUAUAACGAAUGGAAUGGAAGUCGAGAAAUAUCGAGCUAACUUCCUCGACGUAACACGAUUAUAUUCAUAUGUUCUUUUUUCAUUUCGUUUCGUCGAAUGAAUGAUUUUUAUAAAUGAUACAAUGUGAAACACAACGCGUCGUUUAGCAUUAUUAUAACACAUGAUAGACUAAAUGUAAAUAUGUAACUGCAGUAGUUUAUUUUGGAAUCAUGCGUAAAUCGACUGUUUUUUUUUAUUUUACGCCAUCGUGAAGCACGUUAAAAUUCGCGGAAAAAUAUCAGCAACAAACGAAUUAUUUACUCGAAUGACAAUUGAUUCAAUGAUCGGAAAGUAGAGAAGACGAAAGAGAUGCAUAAGUGAAGAAAAAAAGAACAAUUGCAUAUAAUAUAGUGCUUGGUUACUCAAUUUGAUGGUAUUUACGUUAAAUAUUAAAUAAGUUAGUUUUGAAUGAAAUAAAAUUAUUUAUCAUUACCAAUAGUAUUAUUAUUCUUACUAGUAUAAACCGAAGAUUAAAAUAAAACUAAACAAUUCUUGCGUGGUACCAUGAAAAUUUACCUGAAAUUCAUAUGCGUGUCGUGUUUAUUGUUAACAUCGUUUCGAAAUUUCACGAAAAAUAUGCAAACUGUUCUCAAGAGUCAUAAAAAUGUAAUCUAUAAAUAAUACCAAUGAAGCUUUUAGGUAUUCGGCUCCGAUAUGACACGAUCUCUGCAUUCUGAUUGCGCAGAAAGCGUCGAAAGAACACAUUUUUGAGCUACAUGUUUAAGUAUGGUAAAUUAAAAAAUCGUCAAACGUAAAUUGUGUAUGUAAUUUUUUUUAAAAUAUAAAAAUUAUUCAUGAACUAAA